AUGGACUCAAACUAUUAUUUGCCACUGAACAUGUAUCCGGUGCAAAUAGCCACCGCUACUACCCCCAACGAAAACAGAUUUGAGCCGGAAACGCCACCAAAAGACCUACACGAGAUUACGCUUGAGGAAUUAUUAAACCCUUCUUCAAAGGCAGAGCAUAUAUUUUCAAAAUUGACUCAAGAGCAGCUAACUGCGAUUGAGAACAAUUUGAACAGAGUUAAGAAGAAAAAAAUGAGUUCUCUAAAACUUCCUAUUAAAGGAUUUUGCACUGAUAAAAAAUUGCGCAAAUCCAGAACAAUUGGUGGUCGUAAAAGAAAUAUUAUCCCUUCUAAAAUGAUCGAAUCUGAAAACAAUGAUAAUAACAUGAUAGAUCCUAUGCAACAACCAGAUGCUUUUCUUGAGAACAUCUCUUCUGAAUAUAAUUUUAAUUUCGAUGCAAUGCAAGAGCAACAACCAUUGCCAAUACAUCAUAUCACAAAUACACCACUAUUGCAGGGGAUGAAUGGUUAUAUCGCGGAUCAACAACAAAAUAUGAAUCAACUUGAUGAUAAUGAUUUUACCGUGGAGCAACAACAAACUACUGAUAAACUAUAUUCGCUUGGGUUUCAACAAAAAGAACAUCAACCAGAAGAUCCAGUCUAUCCACGUGCAUUUUGUGCACCCGAACAUUACAAAGGCAAUCGAUGGGUAUAUGAAACUCAAUGCAAUUAUCUAGGGUGGAUGCUUGCGUACCUUAAUCCGGAAGAAAUGAAUGGAAAACGUGGACUUAUUCAAAGGGCUGUGGAUACUUUUCGUAAUUUACAACCAGGAUCUAAAUCAAGACGUGUAGCUCGACAAGAAAAAGUAUUGAAUGGUACACUGCGAAAACGUAAAUCUUCCCGUCCAGAAAAUGAGUCACGACCUACAAAACGUAAAUAUACCAAUAAUCAGAAACCAAAAACCUUAAUUGUGGAUAAUGUGGUUAAAGGAGUAAAAUGUAGAAUCAAGAUCAACAUAGAAGAUGUAAAUCUAAAUGAUAUCGAUAUCAUGUUCAAGAAAAAUAAUUGUGUGUUCCCAAGAGCAUUCUGUGAUCAAGAACAUUACGUAGGUCGUCGUUAUUAUGAAGAAGUUGCUUGUAAUGAAUUGGCGUGGAAAUUGGCUUGGCUGAAUCCUCGUCAUUUGGCCAAUAAGAAAUGCCUUCUUCAACGAGCUGUAGAUAUCUACCGAACAAAAUUUACCGAGAAUCUUAAGCCUCGUGGUGGCAGAUAUAACGAUAUUCCCUCUGACGCAAAUUAUGAAGAUUUCGAUAAUAGUCCAUCUGAUGCAAAUUAUGAAGAUUUCGAGAAUAAUCCCUCUAACGCAAAUUAUCAAACGCGACUUCCCUUUCUUUCAAUUUCUGACAACUCUCUUUUUACUUCAUCCGGAAACAAUUUAAUACCGGCUACGCCAUGCUCUCUUGACAGUUCUUGUGAAACACCAAUUUCUUGCAGUGAUAUUUCCACGCCAAUCACGUUAAAUGAGUCUCUUCUCGAUUCAAAAGUUUACGUUGCAAAUCAACAACUACCAUGUUUCGAGAGACUCCUCCUUGAUCCGAACGCACUGCAGCAGGAUAUGGAACAACAACAAAAACAAGAUGUUAAUAAUAAUGGCGAUGAAUUUAAUAAUAAUCUGUUAGCAGAUAGUUCCCUUGUGGAUCUGAUUAAUAGUGAAAUUGACGGAAAUAUGCCUUUCUGGCAAGAACUUUUUGUAUGA